AGCAGAAGGACAAAACUCCGUACCCGAACAACAACAACGCUCAGUUCCCGCUGCUACAUUGUAGCUUCGAUAUGACAUUGGUAAUAAUCAGACCCGCUCUCCUCCGCGGUUUUAUGCGGACACAGAGGACCAUAAGCGGGUACCGGACACAUAAACCGCUGUGUUCAGACAGAAGUUAUGCCCCCGGAGAAGACAAGUCACCCAAAAUAUACACCAAAACUGGAGAUAAAGGUUUCUCCAGCACCUUCACAGGAGAAAGGAGGCCAAAGGAAGAUCACAUUUUCGUGGCUUUGGGAAAUACAGAUGAGCUGUCAUCAGCUAUAGGAUUGGCCCGAGAAUUUUGCCUUGACAAAGGUCACACGUUCACACACCAGCUGGACAAGAUCCAGUGCAUUUUACAAGAUGUGGGCUCCAAUAUUGCCACUCCUCGAUCCUCUGCAAGAGAAAGCCACAGAAAGAGAACAAAAUUCAGCCCUCAGCCAAUCACUGAGCUGGAAAUGUGGAUUGACCAUUUUACAGAGGAACUCCCACCGCUGACCAACUUCAUUUUACCUUCUGGUGGGAAGAGCAGCGCGGCUUUGCACUUGGCUCGGACAGUUUGCCGGAGAGCAGAGCGCAGUGUUGCUCCAAUUGUGCGAUCAGGGGAGACAGAUCCAGAUGUUGCCAAGUUCCUCAACAGACUGAGCGACUACCUGUUCACAGUAGCCAGAUACGCAGCCAUGAAAGAAGGCAAGGAGGAAAAGAUCUACACAAGACCUGAAUGAAAACACCUUUAAAUCAAAGUCGUCAUUUGUUCCUGCAACGAUGGACGCAGAAACUCCAGUUGUGUUGUAGACAUUUUUACAGAGAAGAGUGUUUUUAGCUCAGACAAAAAUAAAUCAGCUGAGCAGUA